AGCUCUUUUCUCUUUUUUUUCCCCUUCCUUUCUUCUCCCCGCUGCCUUUAGACCACCCAGAGAUACAGGAAGAAAUCUACAGGAAGGACGAUAGGCUCCUCACCUUGUUGAAAGAUGUUUAUGUUGAGUCCAGAGAUCCACCUGUGCGGGUAAAAGAUGGAGGUGGUGAACAUCUUCCAUGUAAACAGGAGGAAAAGAGACUUACAAAACUAGGCCACUUGGGAGAUCUAGAUGUUAAGAAAGUUCCCAAAGGCAAAAUUUCCAUUGUGGAGGCUCUGACGCUUCUUAAUAAUCAUAAACUUCAUCCUCAAAUAUGGACUGCAGAGAAAAUAGCAGUGGAAUACAGUCUGGAACUGAAGGAGGUCAACUCUCUUCUGGAAUUCUUCAUUCCUUUCGCUGUGCAGGAAUUUCCUAAAGAAACCAAAAAAGCCAUAAAGCCAACAUAAAAAUAAUUACCAAAACCUUGUGUGAUCGCUCUCGUGUCUUAAUUUUACUCUUGAGUAUAUUCAGUGUCUGAAAAGAGUUGGUAAGGUGUCAUCCAACGAGGCUGCCUCCUUAUACCAGUAAGAUGUAUUCAAGCAAUUCCAUUCAAUAUUGGAUGGCUUCAGUUAAAUGCAGUAAUUAUAGGAUACAGUUUUAAAAUCAGAAUAUAACUAAUGAGUUGUAUGAGAGCAUGUCGCACGAUUCUGAUUAUCCCAUUCACACGUU